GAAUCCGUCAGUCACUUGCCUCUCUCUCUCUACCGGGCAAGGGAGAGCUUGAGGCCGAGGAGGCAUAGAGAGAGAAACUGCGCCAUCCCUUUCCGUUUCUCAGGGUCGUGUUUCAUGCUCGGAUUCGCGUUUCCCCGCGACGGGAAACGCACCUGACGAAUGGUAUCCACGCCAGAACUCCUCUCCGCCACGUCCAACCUCUUCUGCCUCGAGGACGCCGGCGACGUGGCCUCCUGGGACGCCUCCGCUGCUCCCGAGGACGAAGAGUGGGCCCCGCGCUGCCGCACCACCGCUGCGGCGCUGGCGGACGGCGCUGGACUAGCGUCCCUCCUCGCCGCUGAGGCCGGCCAACCUUCUCCCGGCGGCGCCCACUUCGCCGCAUGCUCCCUCUUCGCCGCUGCCCGCAGCGACGCCAUCAAGUGGAUCCGCAAGGUGAAUGAGUUCUACCGAUUCCGGGCGGUGACGGCGUACCUCUCCGUCACCUACCUCGAUCGUUUCCUCUCCUCGCAUUCGCUUCCGGCGGUGGAGAAAGGGGGCGGCGGCGGCGGCGGCGGCGCAGGUUGGCCGAUGCAACUCAUAUCGGUGGCGUGCUUGUCGGUGGCAGCGAAGAUGGAGGAGGUGCGCGUGCCGUCGCUGCUUGACCUGCAGAUCCUGGACCCCGGCUACGUGUUCGACCCCUGCACCGUCCGCCGCAUGGAGCUACUCCUUAUGGCCGCCACCGGAUGGCGGAUGCGUGCCAUUACCCCCUUCGAUUUCUUUCCUCACCUCUCCGCCGCGUCUCCCCUUCUCUCCCGCGCCGCCGACCUAGUCCUCUCCACCCUCAGCGUGGUGGAUUUUAUAAGCUUCCGGCCGUCGGAGAUCGCUGUGGCCGCCGUGCUCUGCGCGGCCGACGAGUCAACCGAUGGCCCCGCCGCGAACGGCGGCAAUUUGUUGAGUCGUUCCGACGAUUGGGCGAACAAGGAAAUGGUGAGCCGGUGUCGCCAGCUCAUGGAAGGCUAUGUGACAGACACGUGUCGGUCGGCAUCCCGGUCGAAGCCCAACCCACCACCCCGCCCCGCCACUGAGGACUCGCCGACAGGGCUUUCAUCCGUGAGCCCCGUCGCCAUCCUUGACGCUGCCGCCGGCGGUGGCUGCAGCAGCAGUUGCGACUCCGCCGCGCUCCACCCUGAACCGCCGCCCAAGCGCCGCCGGCUCGGCGAUACCUGUACAGAGCUUGAGCACCUGCUUCCAUGAAGAACCCCGUUAGUUAAUACCGGUAAUAUAUUGUAACGGAGAGCGGCCGCCUCGAUUAAUCCCUUCCUCUGGGGUAAUUAAAUAGCUGCGAAUUUUUUUUUCGUUUAAUUUAUUUCUUGUCCUUCUCUAUUUAUCGUAAUAAACUGUUCUCCGUCGGAAUUUAUCCGU